GUGACGCUGGGAGAAGGAAUGCCAACAUGGACCCGUGGCAAGGACGGGACGAGUGAGCGUGCCACGACAAUAACACGACGGAGGGGAGAAGGAACCCCGAAAAUAUAGAGCACCAUCGACGGUGCUGCUUCCCCGCACCGAGUGACCGAGACUCACCCGAGCUACACACGGUCUUGUGAUUGCUCUUCCGGGUCAGGUUUCGUCGACGUUCUCUCGUACCCAUUUGGCCUGGAUCAAUGGUGUCUCUCAGCAGCAGAACGCUGAGUUUGGACAAUGACCUGUUCAGGGACAGCAGCAAUAGCAGCAGCAGCAGCCUGUUCUCCCUCGGCCUGGGAGACGCAGCCUGCAGUGAGGAAGCUAGUGUGGCCUCCUGCGACAGCCCAGAGGCAGGGGACUUGGGGGCUAUGCACAGCUCCAGCCAUGGAGAGGAAGAAGAUGAGGAGGAUGAGGAUGAUGACGAAGAUGACAGGGCACGCCUGCAUGUCUUUCUCGGAGCUGCAGAAAUCGAGAUGCCUGUGAGUCAGGAAUCUAAGCUGCCGGAAUUCCCUUUCCAACCCUCAUCCCCAUUCUCCCCAACCCUGGAGGACAUAGAGGAGUUCUUAAAGGAAAAGAUGGAACUGGUCAAAGAAGAACUAAUGGUCACUAAAGAGGAAGCCACCCCUCUCCCAUGCAGCUCCAGCGACUCCCCAUCUUCUACUACACCCCUAGCCUCCUCCUCAGACACUUGUAGUGACCCAGGGACGAGUGCCUCCCAUUGCACGUCUAGCCCAAGCCCCCCUCACCAUGAGCAAAAGAGUCCCAGCCCAAGUGACCCUUCCCCUACCACCCAGGUAACCUCCUCAUCAUCCAGCGUAUCCCCCUCAAUGCUUUUAAGUGCUCCGCUGGUUCUCCAGCUGCAGCCCCUACCUGUGACCCAGCCUCAGACCCCAGCAGGCUCUCCACCCGGAGCCCAAAAUGGCAUUUGGCUUACUCACCUAGUCAUGGGGCUCCAGGGUGCGACGGGACAAAAUCUCACCCUUCUGACACCCCAGGUGCCCUCCUCCCCGACCACUAUUUUAUCCCUGAGCAGUGGAGACAUGAAGUCAGCUGACCAGAAGUAUGUAAAAAUCGCACCUCUGCCCAUCAAAAUGAAGGCUGUAGAGAUUGUGAGUCUAACUGGGGUUGGGGCCCAGAGCAGUGGUUUGUUGAAGGCCAUGGCUCCGCGGGUGACCAGAGUGCCACCUACAGAGAGGGUCCACAAGUGCUCCCACCCAGGCUGUGGAAAGAUGUACACCAAAAGCAGCCACCUGAAAGCUCACUUCCGACGACACACAGGAGAGAAGCCCUACACGUGCAGCUGGCCUGACUGUGACUGGAGGUUCUCCCGGUCUGACGAACUCUCCCGUCACCGCCGCUCUCACUCUGGCAUCAAGCCGUACGAGUGCUCGCUGUGUGAGAAGAAGUUCGCCCGCAGCGACCACUUAUCCAAACACACAAAGGUCCACAGCAGGAUCAUCAGGACCACCGUGUGACACCUUAAGCUGGCCUAAACCCUGCCCACGCCCUGUCCCACCGAGGCUGGCUGUGGCCAGAGUGGGGCCGGGGUCUCCCUCAGGACUUACGGUGCUUUGAUGAGCUGAACUUUAAGAAAAACAUUGAGAGCUGGCUCCUGUUUUCACCCUCAUUGUUUCCACACUUCCAUUGCUCCCUGCUGUCGACCUUUCAUGUGUUACAUCUGAGCAGCUUGUCUUAUACUGAGCUAACAGCCACCUCAGGAAGAAAAACUCAGCAAGAAGUGGAUUUCCUGGCCUACACACACACACACAUUACUUAUACAAAACAUAACAGUAGACAGUCGAAAAGGCCCCUUUUGCAGCCUCUACUUGCACCACUGCUCCUGUUACUAAGCUACCAGGAGUUAGUUUGGUAUGGUGACAGUAAUGGGAGCAUCUGUAAUCACGUUAUGUCCUUUCUACUUUUGCAUUUUAGCCUUCAGUCUCAAAGGUCAGGGUCCACACGGAUGAAGCUUCCCAGCAUUUUUGUACAAUGCUAAAAGUGACAUCUUGACAUCACAUUUACAGCACGUGUUGUAGACAUCGAGCUUGCAAUUGACACACUUCACACGAGUGUGACAGCCUUCCGUGUCGGGUGAAAUUGUUACUAAAGUGGCAAAAGUAUUGUUUAAAUACUUUGAUUUUCAGAGUCACGGUUCACUCCGAAUGAACAGCAUUGCUCUUGAUAUUAAGAGUGAAUGCUGAGACAUUGAUUAACUACGCUUGUGACUGCGCUAACAGUUCAGUCGAGCUGAGGAUUUCCCCUUGGCCUUUAAUGUUGUAUUAACCCAAACCUGGCCUUUCGUCCAACUCUAAUCCUCCCUGUCAUGAACCAUAUGCCUUUGCUCAGUCCCAGUUUGCCCUAUUGUUUAUCAAAUGCCUUUGUCUAUAUCCCGAAACCUAAGUUGAUCUUUCUGUUUUAAUGUUACAAUGUGACUGCUCUGUUUUUUUUUUAACUGUGAUUGUGAGCUGGGGUUGCCAAACCUGAAAUCCCAGUUCUGGCCCUGUGAGAGCAUGAAUAAUAACAACCUCGGUGCGUGACAGUCAAUAAGCUGUUUGUUCUGACAAAAAUCUUUUUGAAAAUCAUUGUGCAGCCGAUGUUUACGUCCUCGAAAGCUACUUGGUCUAUAUUUUAUACUUCGGGGCAACGUCUCAGAAAUGCAUUGUGGUUCAAAAAGUGCUGCUCAUUCUUAUUUACUGUUGCAGUCACUGUAAACACUUUUUUUAUGGUUAUAGCAGCUGGAAAGGAAGUUAAUGUCUACGCAAUCAUCUGUAUUAGCAUACUCAAUAUGAUAUACUGAACAUUAAGGACACAGAUAACAUCAGCUUGUAGCCUUUAUCUAUAGAUGUUUUUUAAUCAAAGAACAUUUGGAAUCAGUGCAUUAAGCUAUUCAAUGGUGUUUCCAAUGAGAUUUCUCGUCUGUUACGUGAGUUUGAUUGUAGCAUAGUCAGUCUGUGAUCAAACUGAUUGAUCGAUGUGUCCGACUGAUUAUGGUCUGGGAUUCCGAGUCCCACUCUACCCAUUCUCAAGUCAUUAAGCUGUUCUCAAGUGCACUUGUGUUAGUGGAAAUCAACAUUGUGCUCUUAUGGAAUUUACAUAAAAUGUAUCGGAACUGUAAAAUGCCAAAAAAAGCUAAGAAAUAACAGGAAUUUUCUUUGGAAAGGUUAGACCGCACGGUGUCGUGCAGUGUCUUAUCACUUGUUCUUCCAUCUGAACAUUUUACUUGUUAAUCUGCCGGUGCUUUAUUCAAAGAGACUGAAACUAAAGUUUCACAAAGCUGGAUUGUCUCUGUUGAGCCAGCAGACACGUACUACUACAAACUGUCAGCUACUGGUAAAGCUAACUUAGCUCAUGCAGCACUAGUGCUGUGGGAUAAAGUAAAAAAAACAGCAACAACACAAUAGAGCACUUUUGCAUGUAGCAGUGCACAGUCUUUGGCACUCGUCCUCAUAUCUUUGUCUCUUAGCAUUAUGGACACACUAGGUCUCAUUGUCUCUAAACAACAACGCUUAGUAAUGUAGAAACCCGUUCAAAUCAGACAGACGGACAGACGUGUUUAUCUGUCUGAACCGGUGCUGUCUUUGUGUCUGAGCCUCCCCAGGCUGCAUCCACUGACCUACAUCCAGACCUGGUUUCCCAUAUCAUCCAAUUCUCUCUCACUCCUGCCUGUUUAUCUGGUUGAGAACAGGCAGGUUUUAUUAUUAUUUUGUUUUUGUUUUUUGAUGUUUUUUUGUUUUUUUUGAAUACCAGAAAUGCUAUUUUCCUAUUUGCAAAAAUAAAUUACCAGAAAAAGAA